AUGGAGAAGUCGGAUCUGGAUCUUUUAGCACAGGCGGAGUCGGAAUUGAAAUUCCUGCUGGAUGAUGCUGGCGUCCCCGCACCGGUGCAAGUUCUGGUAUUAAAAUGUGGCUAUGACUCUGUGCGUGUGUUUGCCGGCUUGGAUGAUAGCAAAGAAGCGGUCCGCAAAGCGUUGCGGGAGGAAUUGCCUUUAGACUACACAGCAAGCCCCGAGAACCGCAAAAGCAUGGCCUUGCUCCUCCAUGUUUGGGAUGCUUGCCGCUUACAGUUGUCAGUGCAAGAGAAACAAAAAUCGGAGGCCAAGCUAGGUGUAGGCGCGAGAUUGUUGCCCACCACAGAACAUGCAUCAAUGCGCCUCGCGGUGGAAGCAUCCCAUGGCAAGCUAUGCGACAAAGAAAUCCCAUCCAAGGCGCUGCUCGCGCAGAAGCUUGAGCAGGUAGAAGACAACUGCCCGGAGGCUGAGGACUUACGAGAAGUGACUUCUGUGGAAGAUUGCCGCAAGGAAGCGUACUCGGCUUUGAUUGCCGACCCGAUUUCCAACACGGUGCGGUUCAAGCCAGGCAAGGCAAUGACAACUCCUCCCAGUUCUCCGGAAGACUUGCGCUUACGUCACCGGCGCAUUGGCUUGGUGUGGGAAAUGGCCAGGAGCCGCCACACCAACCGUACAUGGCUGCCAAGUCGUUGUGUGGACGCGUUCCGCAAGCUGUCUGACCAUGUGCUCGGCUCCAAGAUUGCCGGGUUGCGCCUGGCUGAUGGCUACAGCCCACCUUGGAACAUUGUUUUGGCUUAUGAGGCAGAGGUGCGUAGCCACGCUUACAAGUUGGUGCGUGACGGCGAGGCAGCCGAUUUGGGCAUGGCAUUGUCAGCAGCUUGCAAGGCAUCAGGCCUCACCAGCUCUUUCUUCAUUGUGCCGCUGACCAUUGCUGCCGCCGCUCCGGCCAGCACAGCUGUAAGCGCUGGGGGCCGGCCUGUGGGCGAUCACAACCCUUUCAUUCGUUCAAAGGGCAAGGGAAAAGGCAAAGGGAAAGAAGGAGUCAUCAAGUCAAUCUACAAGAGCCGCCGUAGCCCGGGCGGGAAAAGUUUGUGCUUUGCGUACAACAAGAAGAAAGGCUGUGACCGUGUGAAUUGUCCUUUUACUCAUGUUUGCCAGCGCUGCUUCGAAGAUCAUCCUUACGUCAAGUGCCCCCAGGUGCAGCGUGAAGGUACUGUAGGUACAUGCUCGCAUGAGGCAAGCCUUGUGAAAAGGACCCGUGAGUCCGAGACAGAAGAUGAUGCUGAAUGGCUGCGGCAGAGCAACUUCCAGCAAGAUUCGGAAGGCCUAGCAGAAUCAGAAGUGUCUUCAGAUGAAGAUGACGACAAAGCGCAAAAGCCAAAGCUUGGAGCUGGUUUAUGGGGGCGAGGGCCACCGUUGGUGUCACGCAUGCUUGGGAAAAGGAUGGAAUUCACCGAUGGGUUCGGCUUGUGCUCCCCUGGGCGCUGGCUACCUUCAAAAAGAAGAUGUGCAGCAGACACAUCAUCGCUUGGAUUUGCAAAGAGCUUGGGCAAGGAGUUGCGCAAACUCUUGGCGCAAAAGUUGGAUGCACGAUGGCCGCGAACUUCUUUUCACCGCUUUGGAAAUGAUUUGGCUGGAUGCAAGCUACCAGUCAGAGAGACGCCAGAGGACCAGCCGUUCUUUCUUGCUGCGAUUGAAGAAUUGCUGCGGAUUUCUGGGGACCCGGACUGCAGAGCAUUUUACUCUAGCAAAUAUUCCUUUGCCAAGGGUGUCAAAGUUGGCUAUAAAUCAAAACUGCCGCAUGUACCUGCUGUUUUCAACCGUAAGAACAGAUGGCGAAAGUAUGCACUGGGUGAUUUUGAGCUUGGGGUCUGCCGCGAGAAUUAUUUGUCUGCGCGACAACACGCCGAGCAUGUGCAUCAGCAAUUCUUGGAAGAAGAGAAAUUGGGAGCCAUGAUUGAGGUACCGCUCGAGGAGGCGCAGAGAGAAUAUGGACAGCAGCUUGCCGUGGCUUCACUUGGGGCAAUUGAAAAAAAGGGAGGUGCUUAUAGAGUGGUGCAUGACGGCACGCAUGGGAUAGGCGUGAAUCCUGCAAUCCGAGUGCGAGACCAAAUUCAGUCACCAACCGCGGGUGACGUGGCGGCAGUCAUGCAGGAAUUGCCCGGAGUCUUCUUUGGGCUCACUGGUGAUGUAGCACGUGCACAUAGACUGGUCAAGAUCGCGCGUGAGGAUUGGGGACUUUUGGCGUGCCGAACGGGCAUCGGCAACAGCGACGCCUUGUGGUUGAACAAGGUCGGUGCGUUCGGCAUUGCUUCUGCUGCAUACUACUGGAGCCGCUUGCUUGGUGGAGUAGGUCAGGUGCAAGUUGCAGAUAUGUCGGCGGUGUUGGGUCGCUUGUCAUUUGCGUUAGCGCUUGGGAGGAAAGUGAGUGAAGAGCGGGAGCUCUACCGCACAGAUGCCCGUGCUGAUGGGGAUGAGGUGUGGAUCGGCGGCUGGGCAUUGGAUCACGAUGACACCCGCCGGCGAUGUUCUGGCUUCACACUUGUCGUAUCGAUUCACCAUGAAUUUGAUCCACUCUGGAUCGGUCUUCCAGACAUGCUCCAUGGUGGCGCCCUGGUGCUUCUCCCCAAACUUGAUCUUCUCGGCUGA